CCAGCCCAGACUCCCCGUAUAAAAGGCAGCCUGCCUCCCCUCCCCGGCUCACUCCCUGUCUGCUCUCCGCCACAGCAAGAUAACGGAGUGGGGGGAGGAGGAAGAUCACCCGGGGAGAGGCACUGCCAGCACAGGGGGGCAACUUUUUGCAAGGAUGGCAACUCUGGUGGAGGCGCCAGCGGCGGACGUGGAGCCGGCACACAGCAUCCAGAUGCCCGCAUCCACCUCCCCCAGCCUGUCUCACAGGUUCCUAGACAGUAAAUUCUACCUGCUGGUGGUGAUUGGGGAAAUAGUGACAGAGGAGCAUCUGAGGUGUGCCAUCGCCAAUAUAGAGAGAGGUAUCCGAUCAUGGGAAACGGAUCUCAGCCAAUGCAACUUAGAUCAAGAACUGAAACUAUUUGUAUCCCGUCACUCAGCUAGGUUUUCUCCAGAAGUUAGAGGUCAAAAAAUCCUGCACCAUAGGAGCGAUGUCUUAGAAACAGUUGUGUUACUUAAUCCUACAGAUGAAGCCGUCAGUACAGAAGUACGCUUGAUGAUCACAGAUGCUGCACGACACAAACUUCUAGUGUUGACUGGACAAUGCUUUGAAAACACAGGAGAACUUAUUCUUCAGUCUGGAUCCUUCUCUUUCCAAAAUUUCAUUGAAAUCUUCACAGAUCAGGAGAUUGGUGAACUGUUGAGCAAUAAUCACCCUGCAAAUAAGGCAAGCCUUACAUUGUUUUGUCCUGAAGAAGGGCACUGGAAAAAUUCUAAUCUAGAGAGACACAACCUUCAAGAUUUCAUAAACAUCAAACUCAAUUCCUCUUCAAUUUUGCCCGAAAUGGAAGGACUUUCUGAAUUUACAGAAUACCUGUCUGAAUCUGUAGAAAUACCUUCCCCAUUUGACAUUCUGGAGCCACCAACAUCAGGAGGCUUCCUAAAGCUUUCAAAGCCAUGUUGCUAUAUUUUUCCAGGAGGAAGGGGAGAUUCUGCUUUGUUUGCAGUAAAUGGAUUUAAUAUGCUCAUUAAUGGUGGAUCGGAGAGGAAAUCUUGUUUCUGGAAGCUCAUUAGACACUUAGACCGGGUGGAUUCUAUAUUACUCACCCAUAUUGGAGAUGACAAUCUGCCAGGUAUUAAUAGUAUGCUCCAGAGGAAAAUGGCUGAACUGGAAGAAGAACAGUCUCAAGGGUCAACUGCUAACAGUGACUGGAUGAAAAACCUUAUUUCUCCAGACCUUGGAGUUGUGUUUCUCAAUGUUCCUGACAAUCUCAAAAACCCAGAACCCAACUUUAAAGUAAGGAGAAGCAUAGAAGAAGCUUGUUUUACACUUCAGUACUUAAAUAAAUUGUCCAUGAAGCCUGAACCUUUAUUCAGAAAUGUAGGAAAUUCAAUUGAACCCAUAAUUUUAUUUCAAAAAAUGGGCGUAGGAAAACUCGAGAUGUAUGUAUUGAAUCCAGUAAAAGGAAGCAAGGAGACUCAGUACUUCAUGCAGCAGUGGUCAGGCAGCAGUAAAGAGAAAGCUGGCCUACUACUUCCUAAUGGUCAGGAAGUUGAAGUUCCUGUUAAUUAUUUAACUUCUAUUUCCUCUCUUAUUGUAUGGCAUCCAUCAAACCCUUCAGAGAAAAUAGUAAGAGCUCUGUUUCCAGGAAAUACAACACAAUACCAAAUACUGGAAGGCCUUGAAAAGCUCAAAUAUCUAGACUUUCUGAAGCAGCCUGUGAUCACUCAAAAGGACCUGAGUGACAAUAUUUCAAGCCCUGCAGUAAAACAAGCAAAGAUGAAACAGAGAGCAGAAAGCAAAGAGAGCCUAAAAAUGUCCACAAAAACAACAUCCAGCAAAACAGUUAAGAAAGAAUCUAAAGAAGAGCUACCUGAUACCUUAAAGAGUGGCCAGAUUGAACAAGCUGAAAAAAUGGAGAACAAAGAAAAAGUCUCUGUGAAAAAGACUCAGAAAAAUGAAGCAAAACCAGAGAAAAAUGUAUUGAUCAAAGACGAUCCGAUCAUUAAACCAGAAGUUGUUGAGAAGCAAAAAGCUGAUGUGAAGCCUAAAGUUGCAAAAGAGAAAACAGUGAAGAAGGAGGUAAAAGCAAAAUCUGAAGAUGUAAAAGAGGAUAAAGAAAAAGUAAAGAAGGAUGCACCUAAAAAGGAAGAUAAAACACCAGUAAAGAAAGAAGAAAAACCGAAAAAAGAGGCUAAGGAAGACAAACCUAAAAAAGAGAUUAAGGAAGAGAAAUUAAAAAAGGAGAUAAAAAAAGAUAUAAAGAAGGAAGAGAAAAAAGACUUGAAGAAAGAAGUUAAAAGAGAAACACCACAGAAAGAAGUGAAGAAAGAAACCCCUUCCAAAGAAGCAAAAAAAGAAGUUAAGAAAGACGAUAAAGAAAAGGAUUUAAAAAAAGAAGUUAAGAAACCCGCUAAAGAGGCAAAGAAAUUAUCAGCAACUCCUUCUGACUCUAAAAAGCCUGCUGUUAAAGCAAAAGUUCAAAAGAAAGAUGAGCCUGCUAAAAAGGAAUCUGCAACUACAGGCAAAACAAAGGAAAAGGCAAAGGUAACCAAGAAAGUUAGUGAGAAAAAGCCUUUGGCAGCUGUAGGUGCAGUUGCUGCCACUGCAGCUGUUGCUGCAGCAGCUUCUGUUACAGCUUUAACUGCAGCUACUGGAAAUGUAGCAGAUCUAGUGGCAGAAAGAUCUCUCAUGUCAUCACCAGAAGACUUAACAAAAGACUUUGAAGAUCUCAGAGAAGAAGAAGUAGUCAUAUUAAAUGAGGAAAUUAAGCCUAAACUACAGGCACUUUCGCCAAGAGAUGAAGUGGUUAUAUUACAGACCGACUCUUAUGUUAUAAAGAAAGACAACACAAGCAGCGAAGAACCUUCAGAUUCACCAGAUGAAGGUAUAACUACCACAGAAGGUGAAUGUGAACAAACACCAGAAGAAUUGGAAAUAAUUGAGAAACACAGGGUGGAUGAAAAUGAUAAAUUUGAAGAUGAAGGGACAGGGUUUGAGGAGUCAUCUGAAGCUGGUGACUAUGAAGAAAAAGCAGAAACAGAAGAUGUUGAGGAACAAGUAGAAUACACUGAAGAAACAGUCUCAAUGGGAAAACACCCAGCAGGCGAGUUAGUUGAAACUGAAGAAGAGAUCGAUAUUCAUGCAUUUAAACAUUUCAAAGGCAAACAUGACAGCCAUGAAAACAUUGCUGAUUUGGAGGCAGCAGAUGAACAAGGCGAGGAAGAUAUUGAUGAAGGUGUUGAAAAGGGAGAAGCUGAAGAAACAGAGGAAGAGGUAGAUGAAGACAAAACAGAUGAUGCAAAGGAUGAUGAUGAUCAGGAAACAGAAAAGUUGGAAGCAGACGACCAUUAUAUUACUGGUACAAAAGAGAUUAUUAGUGAUACUGAAGAUAAAUAUAUAUUGUCUUCUACACCAUCUAAGACCUCUGAACCUCAGUCACCAGCUGUAGAGCCAGGUGCUUCUAUUCAUGAUGAAACCUUACCUGGUGGCUCUGAAAGUGAAGCAACUGUGUCUGAUGAAGAAAAUAGAGAAGAUCAGCCUGAGGAAUUUACUGCUAAUUCUGGAUUUACUCAGUCAACCAUUGAAAUAUCUAGUGAACCAACACCAAUGGAUGAGAUGUCUACACCUAGAGAUAUAAUGAGUGAUGAGACAAACAAUGAGGAAAGUGAGUCACCAUCUCAGGAAUAUGUCAAUAUUUCUAAAUAUGAAGCUAAUUUGUAUUCCCAGGAAUAUAAUAAAACUAGAGAAUCUCCACUACCUGAUGCUCUGAACGGGUUGUCUGAUGUCUCAAAUACAGAUGCAACUGAUGGCAAAGAAUACAAUGCUUCAGCUUCAACAAUUUCACCACCAUCAUCCCUAGAGGAAGACAAAUUCAGCAAAUCAGCAUUACGGGAAGCAUAUGUGCAUGGAAACAUUGAUUUAAAAGGUUCCUCAAACCUGGAAAUACAAGAUGAUUAUGAGCCUCAAGAAACACUAAGCCCAAGUAAGAGUCCAGUGCCUCCAUCACCAAUAUCUAAAACACCUUUAAGUGAAAAAAGUGUUAAUUUCGAUCUUACACCUAAUGAAAUUAAAACAUCUGAGCUUGGUGUCUUACCACCAUUGCAUGAUGAAGUGCAAGAAAUAAUGGAACAGUGUCCUAGCCCAGACGACAAAACUUUGGAAGUAGCAUCUCCUUCUCAGUCUGCAGCUGGAAGUGCUGGUCACACUCCGUACCAUCAGUCACCAAGUGAUGAAAAAGCUGCAAUUCUAGCUAGAGGCUCUUUAGAAAAGACUCCUGUCGCUGUUGUGUUUGAAUUUUAUGAAGAUAAAGAAAAGAGUGGAAGCCCUAGAAUAAGUCCUAUGGAUGAGCCAGUGCCAGAUUCAGAAUCUCCUAUCGAGAAAGUUUUAUCCCCAUUACGCAGCCCACCUUUGAUAGGAUCAGAAACACCCUAUGACAUGUUUUUAUCUACUAAUCUUAAAACAUCAUCUGGGCAUGGUAGUAUAGUGGAUGAAGAACAUUCUCCUUCGCAGACUAGUCCAGUAUCUGAAAUGUUGUCUCAUUCUACUGCCCAAGAACAUGAUAAAAAGAGUGAGUUUUCAUCAAGCAAAGCAUUUGGUGCAGAAACAAGUAAUUUUGAAAUUAAGAGUGGAUCAUCUCGUGUAUCAGAAGGAGGAAAGCUUGCAGGGGAAUUUUCACCAACUCAAAUAAAUACUAACCCAUUUAUCUUGUUUAAAGAGGACACAAAAAUGUCAAUUUCUGAAGGCACUGCAUCUGAUAAAUCUGCCACUCCUGUAGAUGAAGCUGUAGCAGAAGACACAUAUUCUCACAUAGAAGGUGUUGCCUCAGUUUCCACAGCCUCUGUUGCUACUAGUUCAUUCCCGGAACCAACCACAGAUGAUGUGUCUCCUUCUCUUCAUGCUGAAGUUGGUUCACCCCAUUCCACUGAAGUAGAUGACUCCCUCUCAGUCUCUGUUGUUCAGACACCUACCAUAUUUCAAGAAACAGAAAUAUCACCAUCCAGGGAGGAAUGCCCCCGUCCAAUGUCUAUAUCUCCACCAGAUUUCUCACCCAGAACAGGAAAAUCCACAUCAUCACUACAAGAGCAGCGGUCACCUGAGCAAUCCACAAUGGAGUUCAGUCAGGAAUCACCAGAACAAUCUUUUGCAAUGGAUUUUAGUAGACAAUCUCCAGAGCAUCCUGUGGUAGCCUCCGGUAUGUUGCAUAUAUCAGAAAAUGGACCCACUGAAGUUGAAUACAGUCCCUCUGACCAACAUGAUUCUUAUUUUGGCAAUAAGAUUUCAGUUGACAAUGGGUACUUUUCUGUAGACAAAGGUCAAGAAAAAGUAGUUGCUGAAUCUCAGGUAGAGGCUUCUCCUUCUACAUCUUCUGCUCACACACCUUCACAAGUGUCUUCCCCUUUAAAAGAGGAAGAUUCUUUGAAAGAUGUGGUUGAAAACUCAGACAUGCCACUCUACUCUCCACCAAUACUUGAGCAAGAGUUUUUCAUGGAAGGAAAGCUUUCUCCUGAAACAGAUGUUUCUCCAUCAACGCCAACACCAUCUUCAGUGCGGCAAUCACCUGGUUUAGUAUACCCUCCAUGUAUAACCAAGGGGCCUUCAACUGAUCAUAGCUCAGCAGCCACAUAUCUUCCAGUUUCCUCAGAUGAACCAUAUAGCUUUCAGACUAGAGCUCUAAACUCAGCAGUUAAGGAGCCAUCAGUUCUGCACAACACAAACCCAUUUGCUUAUGCAGCAGACCUAGAUGACAGGGAUAACGUAUGUGAUGCUUAUUGCUAUUCUAGGGAAACACAUGAUAGAUUUUCUGUAUCUGACAAGUCACCCUUUGCUGAAAAUAGACAAGAGGUGGACCUUUGCCUUGUCUCUGCAUGCGAAUAUAAGCACCCAAAAACAGAACUGUCACCUUCUUUCAUUAACCCAAAUCCUCUGGAAUGGUUUGCAAGUGAGGAACAAUCUCAGGAACAAGAAAAGCCAUUAACCCAAUUUGGAGGAGAGCAACCGCCUUCUGGAGGAAGACAGAAAGCCCGCCAGUGUGAUGAAACUCCCCCAACCUCGGUUAGUGAGUCUGCCCCAUCUCAGACAGAUUCAGAUGUUCCACCAGAGACUGAGGAAUGUCCUUCUAUAACAGCAGAUGCAAACAUAGAUUCUGAAGAUGAAUCUGAAACCAUCCCUACUGAUAAAACAGUAACUUACAAACAUAUGGACCCUCCUCCAAUUCCCAUGCAUGAUCCAAGCCCAUCUCCCAGGCACCCUGAUGUCUCAAUGAUGGACCCAGAAACAAUGCCUGUAGAUCAGAGUUUAGGCAAGCCUUUGAAAAAGGACAUAAAAGAAAAAGGAAAAACCAAGAAAGUUGGAAGCAAGACCAAAUCGUCUUCACCUGCUAGGAAAAGUGAUAGUAAAUCAAAGAUUUCAGCUGCUUCACCAAAGCCUGGACCCAUCAAAGAAACAUUAGAGAAGAGUUUAAAGACUGUCGCCCCAAAAAAGAAAGAUUCUGUAGGGAAGGGUCCAAAGAGUAGUUCAAAUGAAGAUCACAAACCUUCAAAGUUAGAAGAGAAAGAUAAAGAGACCAAGAAUGCUACCAAUACAAACACAACAAAAUCAUCAAAAACUGGUACCACAGGAGGUGGAACUACCAAGACAUCAAAAUCAACUCCUGUUCCUCCAGGACCCCCAGUGUACUUGGACCUGGUAUAUAUACCAAAUCACAGCAGCUGCAAGAAUGCAGACGUAGAGUUUUUCAAACGAGUCCGAUCUUCAUACUACGUAGUGAGCGGAAAUGAUGCAGCAGCUGGAGAACCCAGCCGGGCCAUUCUGGAUGCUCUUCUGGAAGGCAAAGCUCAGUGGGGAAGCAAUAUGCAGGUAACAUUAAUUCCUACCCAUGAUUCAGAAGUGAUGCGAGAAUGGUACCAGGAGACGCACGAGAAGCAGCAGGACCUCAAUAUAAUGGUGCUAGCUAGUAGCAGCACAGUUGUUAUGCAAGAUGAAUCCUUCCCAGCAUGCAAGAUUGAACUGUAAGGAGACUGCAGCCCACUCCUUCACCUUAACACAGCUGAUUAUUACUGGAAAUAUCCUUACAGAUUAAAAAUGACUGCUGAACUAUAUACUGCCCAAUGCUAGCCUGUGCCAUGCAGACACAGAUGUCAGUAAUAUAUCAUCUCCAUGGCAAACUACAAUGUUCACAUCACUGCAAGCUCAGCUAUCCAGGUUUAAUAUACAGGUUUGUAGGACAUGCUCUUGUACCCAUUUAUUCACCGCAGCCCGGGAUGGUUGGGGACUUUGCUUAUGAGGAAAGACAUUGAGAGAGAAGAUCAUCAGAAGAAGGAUCCUUUGAUGGGACACUGUUGUGACAUCACUUUAUUAGUAACCAGUUAAUUUCUAUAGCACUUUGUGUUAUACAAUAUGAUAUUUUGCCCAGAAACUCUAUACAACAACCUUGGCAGCUUGUGAUUUGCAAUAUGGCACUCGGAAGGAUUGAACAGGACAGUCCAAGAUUAUUCCACUAUUUGGUACCCUAAUAUCCCGGUGACAAGGUUUGAGCCUUGCUCUCCCACCUUCCACGACCACAUAUGUUGGGAAUCAUUUCAUAAUGAAGUUAGUGAGAAUAGUAAAAACUAAAAUAACCCUGUCACUUCUAGAUCUGUGAUAGGUUGCAUUGUGUGUUUUAACUAUUAUACCUGCUACAGAUUAAAUCAUGCCAUUGAAAAAAUAUACCUUAUACAGGGUGAAAACAGAAGCGUUGAAUCUAAGGCAUACUCCCGUUAAAUUCAUCCUGCCAAAUCUCAAAAUUUCGCACAUUGUGAUUCACAGUCGGUACACAGAAGCAAAUACCAAAGCAUUCGGGAGUACAUUCGGUAGAAUUUGCCUUAGAAAGUGACUUGAAUGUACAAAGAUACUUAAUGCACUUAUUUUUUAACAUAAGACAGCAAGUGUACAAAAAAGAAGUAUGCAGGGGUUGUAUUUACAGACGUGUGUGCGUGCUAGAGAGCUGACGUAACACACCGAUGGGAAAUCUCUUACUGAAAAUGCAUUAAUGUGUAAUGAGUGGCUGCUUUCUCAGGCAAGUUGAUUGAUGAGUGUCAUUUUGUUUUCAACUGUUACAGACUAGAUCCUCACCUUUUUACAUUUUUUUUUUAAAGAAUUGCUAACAGAUGUACAGACCCUUUUUAUUAUAUGUACAAAAAAACCCUUCUUGUUAGAUUUUAAAUUUGGUAUUGCUGCAAAAUAACUUUAUUUGCUUGCAGUUUAUGUACAAUGAUUAAUGAUUGUUCCUUGUAUUAAAUGAGGAGUAGGGAUCGGACAAAUUUCAAUUUUAAGAGGUCGGUGAGACAUUUUUCAUUUUUUUCUUUUUUUUACAAUAAUUUAUUUAAGCCAACUAUUAUUCCCAGUAUUUAUAUCAGUUGAUGGUACGUUGAUUGCAUAUGAUUCAUCCAGGUAUCACACAUUCUGAUUAUACAAAUUAAAUUGGGUCUAGAUGCAGUAUAAAAUAUACUAUUUUCCCAGCUUUAUGCAGUCGAUCAAUUAACGAGGAACUAGUGACACCACAACGAUUGGCUGUCUUCGCUAAAAGCUGUUGUUAAUUCAUAUACCUGGUUCAAUACUGCCGGUUUAAGAGUAAUGGGAUUAAUAUGCAAAGAUUUUAUUGGAUAAACCAAUGCAUUAAAUUAAAGUAAAAUGACUUACUCUUAAUUAAUACCCUACUCGCCUUACGUGAGAUACAAAAUUUGCCAUGCCAAUGAAGUAGUUUCUUUUUUAAUUCUUUGUAUAUUUAUUUUGAGAGGUAACACUAUUUUGUUAUAAUUUGCACUGUUAUUGUUUAUGAAUUUUGGUACUGUUUUGGGCUUGAUCAGUCCUUUUAAUGCUGUGAAUUAGGAGAAACUUUUUUUUUAUAAGCAAUGAUAUUUAUUGCUUUGCUGUUUAUGUAAGUUUAUACAGUGUUUUAUGUUAUGUUAUACCGAUUGCACAGAAAGUUGUUUUUUUCUUGUUUUUUUUUUUUUACUGUCAUAUAUAUACUUUGCUAGCCUCAUGCUCAUACUGUAGGUGUUAAUUUCACACGGUCAAUGCACCUUUGUGACAAGAUGGGAUCAGAUGCACAGUAACGUACAAUUAUUGAAGAGCGCUGUGCUUCCUGUAAAUGUAGCCCGUAGUCAUUUUUGCAUUGAAUUGCAUAUUUUGAUAAUGGAAUUUGUUAAUGAAACCUAAUUCAUUGGAACGAAACCAGAACACCUGUAACUACAUUCCGGCUGUGUUCAGGUGCGCUCACCUUUAAUGCAUUUAAUUUAAUUUAAUGUGCAUUUGAGAAGAGUUACAUAAAAUGAUCAACACUUCUAAAUGGUUAGUGUUAAAUAAACUUUUUUUUUUUUUGGUGUGCAAAGUCAGAGAAAGUUAUGUUUUCUGAACCAUGGGCUCCAAAGUGCUUUGCUGACCGAUUGCCUUGAAUGAUUAGUAACUCUGAACCAUUAAGACAUUAUUUUCACAGUCCGGAUUUAGCAUCCUAAACCUGACCAACCUAAAUAAUAAUAAUUAAUCAACAGAGAGGUAACCGGACGUUUCAGGGAGUCUAUUCAACCAUAAUGUAAUUGUAUGCCAUGGUACUGAUGCAUGGAAACUCCGAUCCAUGUCUUCACCCCACCUAAGUAUAUACUGAGACCCUAUUUCCCACGCAUGCUGACUUAAAAGGGAAGAUUUGCUCACUUUAAAAUAAAAAAUAUUAUAUAAAUAUAUAUGAACAGAGAUUUCCAAUUGUUCUCUUAGUGGUGGACUCAUACUUUAUUCAGACUUUUAGUAAAUGUGCCACAUGAACCUUAUUUCCUGAACUAGCUACAGUUAUUAGAAUUAUGCACAUAAAUAGGUUUUGUUUCUUCUGACGCCACUAAAUGUAUUUUAUAAUUUGUAGGAAUAAAGAGUGAUUGCAGGACAAUAAUGUAUACUGAAUAUAGAUCACGUCUCAGAUAAAUAAAGCAGAUUUAUGCUUUGUACCUGUGAUAAGGGGUACAAAUUUGCUAGUUGAUGCUUUUUCUUGUAAUCUUUGCCUACAGGAAAUUGGUAACCUGACGUGACCUCACUUUGGAGUGGACUGAUGACAAUCUAGCUGAAGCACAGUGAUGUGUUAUUGAUGUGUCAUCCACACAGCGCAGCAGCCAUGUUGAGAUCUGAUGGUUAUGAUGAUGCACCUUAUCAAUUCACUAGGAACUCUGCUGCGUUGACACUACCUUACUGAUGUCACCAGGUCUUGUAGAAUUGAUAAGUUGUAUAUUGGCUGGCCGCAUUCACUGCGUCUAUGUGACAAGACCACUUUUAAUCUAUUGAUGUAGUAGUACUAGUGUGUAGCAAAAUCAGAUCAAUAUCUGUAGAAUUGGCUAUCCCAACUGGCCACUCACCGUACCCUAAAUGAUCUGAUCUAUGACUAUGACUCCCACACAGUUAAGGCUGGAAAUGCAUGUUGGGCAUUGGAGUUGAACUGUAGAACUACUCUUUGCUUUCAACUGUCAGGAUCAGAGCUGCUUAUCAUGGAAUGGGUAAUGGGAUCACAUACUUUAGAUUGGAGUCCUUUGAAGGCCUCCAGACAAAUAGCUAUUGCCAUGGAACCUUAAUGUAUGAAGCUGUGAGCUUCCCAUGGAUUUUGUAUGACUGCUUUGUAGCAUAUCAGUACAUGCAGCUUGAUGUCAAGAGAGAAUCUCCGGCUGUAUCGCUAACAUGUCCUUCACUGUAAUGGUACUGAAUGUUCAUAAGAAAGUAUUUUCUUCUUGCAUUUUUUUUUAUUAUUUGUAAUAUAUGUAGGCAUACCCUGUAAUUAUUUCAGGUCAGUGACACUGCCCUUUACCUUUAAGGGUCAAUGACUCAUUGGGAUGAAUUUCUCGUAUUUGGAUACCUAUUAAGGAUUUAAAGGAUGAUGCCAGGUACAAAUCAACACAAAGUGUAUAUUUCCUCACAGUGAACAAAAUAAUAAUAAUAAAUAAUAAUAAUAAUAAAAAUAUAUAUAUAUGCUCUAAUUUUGGAGUACAGUAAGCAACGUCGGGCUUUGUUCAUAGUUUUGAAUUCAGAGAAAAAGAAUUCUAGAACACAAGUGAAUGAAAAUGAUUCCCACAAGCUUCUCUGCACUACUUUAGCUUCAGGCUCCAGACUCUAAAGGGCCACGAGUAACAUUCCCUCAAGACUGGGCUGUAAUAACAAGGAUAUAAUGGCAGCAAUGAACUAUGCUUUAUAACACGUAUGCAUGCCGCGGUCUAUCUUCCAACUGUUGAACAGGAACAGUCUUGUGGUUGGCUGGGAAGGUCCUCACACUCUCUCAUUCUGAAUGGUGUUUGUGUCAGUCUGCAGCUGUGUAUGGUAUUGUCUUAUAAUCCCGCAUCACCUCUAUUCUACCAAUUCAUAUCUAAUGUAGAACAUUAGUUUACAGUGAAGUAAUAUGUAGUGCUUUUAUGAUAUUUGUGUGCAAUACCCCACUUCCACUGAGGAUAUUUGAUGUAAAGGAAACAAACUUGGUUCCACAAUAAAAUACAAAUGUAGUAGUA